AUGGUGAUGCUGAAUCUGAAUGCCAAAAGUAGAGCUAUGGUGGCAAGCGCAGCGGCAGCACGAGAUGGCAAGGAGUUUCCGGGAAGCGAGACGAGUCGGACAUCACGGUCCAGGCCUUCCUCUGCUAAGCGGAGCUCGCGGCCAGCAUCUGCGGGAUCAAAGCCAGCCUCUGAUCUCUACAGUUAUGAUGCCUUCUUGGGCAAUGCUGGCAAGAGCUCAUCCGGGUGGCGCGUAGCGUGGAAAGUUCCUCGAAGUUUCCUGGAGAUCGCUGCCAGCCAGCCCACAGAAUGGCUGAAUCUCAAGUGGGGCCCAAAGGAGUUCGACUUCAGAGAAGCUGGCGCACGGCUGGAGGCAGAUGCGCAGCAAGCUGCGGCGCACGAGGCUAAACAAGCGCGAGAUGGGAAGCUCAGACGCCGACGGGCUGAGCAGUUUGCGAGGCAGCAAAAGCAAAGCAGCAGCGGAGAGCCCUGGCGACCGUGCUCGCACGGAGGCCGUCAGGCAGCAAUCCCACAUCUUCCUGGCCGGCGCUUUAAGUGCAUGCCUGGGCACAACUCUUCCUAUGGUUUGUUCUCUGACGUUCCGCCGCUGUCGGCCAGUGAAGCUGGCAUGCUGCGCGCUGACGGUCCGCAGGUAUCGCAGCGCAGCCGUCCGGCUUCUGCGCAGCCAUCGACCCGGAGAGCACCCGCACCCAUCUGA